AAUUAUUUGUAAAAUAGUAUAAGUUAAUAUUUGUAUUUUCUUUCUCCUUUCAUUAAAACCUAAUCACCAUUUUUAUGCUCUUAAUUUCACCGUGUCAACUCCAAAUGUUUCAAACCCCAAUUUCACAUCCACCAUGAAUCAUUCUUCACAACCCGAAACACCUCCACCCUCUGAUUCCAUCACCUCGUCACAAUCCGAACCGCCACCAUCGUUUGAUUCCGCCGCCAAUCCAUCAUUUCCCGAACCAUCUCCAUCGUCCUAUUCCACCACGCUAUCCGAACCACAGUCACCACCUUCUUUGUUCCAUUCCUCAGAUACUCAAACCCCCGAACCAAGUGUUCGGUAAAAGUUCUGAACCGAGAUUCUUCUUCCUCUAUUUUGUGAUGAAAAUUUCGGAGUUGCUGUUAUGAAACAUUAAGUUAUCCAAGUUGAAUAGAAAAAUAUCAUUGCAUGUCUUAGCGACUGUGCCUCGUUCCGUUGGAGCUCUUUCCAGAAUACAAGUGCUUCGGUUUAAGAGUAGAAAUUGAAGUGCUAAUCAACAAAUGGGUUGAGGAUGCGAUUCUCAUUCUUCUUCAGACCAAAGUGAUGCCCAUUGUUGAUGCAAAAAGAGAAGGAGCAAUUGCAAUAUUUGGAGAAAAAUAUGGUUAAGAGUACAAGCUGAUGUGAAAGAGGAUAUAUUGAGCAUGGUGGUCGAUAGUCGGUGAUAGCUUCUCGUUCCACUCAAAUCACUAAAUGCAACCAUAAUCUACAUCUUGCAGAAAAACUAGGUACGGAUUUUGAGUCUUAAUUAUAUUAUUUUCCUGUUUGCGGUUAGAGUUAUGCUGCAAACCUUUAUAUUUCGACAAAAGACUGAUAAAUAAGACCGACGCGGUCAAAAUUGCGGUUCUGAUACUGUUAUGGAAUCUUCAAAUUUUAUUGCUGAUAAAUUAGUCUUUUUGCUCAGGAAUUUGAAACACCUUUUUGUUGAAGGAACUCUACCACUAGAGCUUCUGAACCUUGUUCACAUAAAGUCUACGUAAGCACUAGGAGAAUUGGUUAUUUGGGGGUCUGAGAGUCUAGGUGCGAGGCAUUUGGAAUUGAUUUAGCAAGCUUGUUAGGAAGUUAUUAUUUUUGGUAGGAGUUUUGAACUCCGAUUUAUUGCUUUCUACUGUUGUAGAGCUCUUGAGCUCAUCACUUUAUGUUCAAUAAUAUACUGUUGCAUCUUCAAUUUACUGAGUUCUAUCUUUCCGUGUCUGGCCUUUAAUUUGAAUUGUCGGUGCUACAAAGGAAACUUGUUUAGUCUAAUUUAAGGGCUUUGAAGGCGGUGGUGAGGAUUCAAGCACUAAUUAGGGGUAGGCAAGUGAGUAAGCAAGCUUGCAUGCAUUGGUUCGUGUUCAGGCUCGAGUGAGAGCUCGGCGGGUGAGGAUGUCUAUGGAGGGACAAACUGUGCAGAAUAUGCUUAAUGAGCAGUGUACAAACCUUGAACUUUUGAAGGAUGCUGAGGUUUGUAUCAUGAAUUGACAAUGGGAAGUUUUCAUGUUUUUUAGCUUUGGUGCUGUUUAAGGAGUAUGUUUUGUGUAUGGCAGGAAGGGUGGUGUGAUAGUAUUUGAGAUUUUUAGCAGCAAUACAGGCCAACCUCAAGCUCUAAUUCACAAACAACCGUCUCGUUUUCCUUUCUCAAGAAUCCUGAGAUGAAAAAAUAAUGGAGGAUGGAGUUGGUUGGAAAGAUGGAUGGCAUCCAAGCCUUGGGAGACAAGAUUGAUGGAACAAUCAUACACCUUAAACCCCUUUUCAGUAUUAUUCUUUGGAUAUCACUUACUUUAAGUCUAGUCUUGAUUCACACCUUUAAGAGAAACAUGUCAAAGAUAGUAGUAUCAUGCAUGUUUCUGAGAAACAAUUGGCAAAGGUGUUUUGGUUAUAGAGGUUGCAAUGCUUUCCUGCAGGUAUAUAUAUCUUGGGUUAUUCGACAGCGAAGUAGAAGCUGCAAGGGCUUAUGACAAAGCAGCUAUCCAAAGCAAUGGAAUGGAAGCAGUGACUAAUUUUGAGCCCAGCACAUACGAAGGAGAGAUGAAAUCUGCAGCCAUAAAUGAUGGCAGCAGUCCAAAUCUUGAUCUCAAUUUGGGCAUAGCCAAACCAGCACCGGGUCCCAAAGAAAAUUGGGGGAAACUUCACUUCCCCUCUGUCUCUUACACAAGUUCAAGGAUGGAAACGAAUGUUUCAGGAAUCAGUAAUUCAUCUUUAAAAAGGCUAUUAGUAACUGAAGAGCAUCGUUCUUUUCGGAAUGACAUGUAUCCCGGUUUCUUUCCCAAUGAGGUACAUAUUAGAAAGGAUAACUCAGCAGUCUCUUCUCAUAGAUAUUGGAGUCAAUCAACACAAGAGCCAGUCUCCUUGUUGGACCAAAGAGAUUAAUCCGUUGUGUAUUAAUUAACACUGAAUAUAUUGCAGGCUCUGAGUGAGAAAGGCUAUGAACUUGUUUCUGGUGGGACUGAAAAUCAUCUAGUUUUGGUGAAUAUGAAGAAAAAGGUAACCCGAUAACUACUUUGACUUUGCUUGAGAAGAUGAAGUCGGUGUACACGAAUGUAGAAGGUCUUCCUCCGGAUUGAAUUGUGGAAAACAAUUGCUUCUCCAGGGCGUGGUAUUUUGGCCAUGGAUGAAUCCAAUAGUACAUGUGGAAAGCGGUUAGAUUCAAUUGGACUAGAGAACAACCGAAGCUAACCGUCAAGCAUGGCGUAAAAUUAUAUAUGAAGAAAGUGUUAUGACUUGGUUAAAAUAUAAUUUUUAUGUGUAUGAUUUUAUAGUACUUGAAAUAUUAUGAAUGCACAUGAUUUUGUAUACUUUUGGUUAAUAUUAAAAAUAUUUUGACUUAGUUAAAAUA